CAACCUAGCAGGCAGUUUCCCAACACAACACUUCUGAGGGUCUCCAGUUAAAGUUAGGGUUAAUGCCUCCUCUCUUUCCUUGCCUUACACCUCAAUCCCCCAAGACCACCCCUUUCUUCUUUGCUUCAAGACACAUCUCCAAACUCAACUUCUUGGACGAAGUUGGCGCUGUCUACUAAAGCUGAGCUUAGAAUACUUGUAGUUUAAUUGAAAUAUUUCCCUCGUUACUCGUGUUUCUGUUUCCCUCCUCUCACUUUGCCAUUCCUGGUAAUAAUCAGAGGAACUAAGUCUGUUUCUGUUCUCCUUUGACCGUAGGGAGGACAAGCAUCCAUCAGGAACCUUCCAUUCUUCCGAGGGAUGCGGUUAACAAAGCGAGCACUGUUGGGUGGCAGUGCCCGUGUUUCUGUGGUGGCAUUCCGAGGGACGUGGUGGGCAUUCCUGAAUGCUUGGUGGAUGAUGUCAGAGCCAGUGACGUCAUAAUACAAAAGGGAAGAAGGGGGAGAGAAUCAGGCUGAACUCUGCAUUGUGGUGUUAUUAAUUAAAGAGCGCCAGCUAAGGGAAUUCUAGGUUGCACCCAUCAAAGCCCUCCUGAACCAUUCAAGACUCCCAAUUUCCUAGAGGUCUUCUUAGACGUUAACGCUGCCCUACGUAUCAAUGCUGGGAGAACUUCUUCAUGGUUGAGGCAGCAACCAAAGAAGAGGAAGAAAACCUCAAUUUAUCUCCAAGGAUCCAGACUGGGGCACCGUGCGGGGACUGUACAAUAUGCUAAGCCAUCUCGUGAUCUUCAGCCUGGAAUUCUAGCCCGGCCCGCACCGAGGUUGAACCCGGAGGCAAGCCAGAGAGUGAUCCAUAUGUUUGGGAAAAGAUAGUGAUUGCUUUCAGACCGGCCGACCAUGAGUAUGUUGAAACCGAGCGGGUUGAAAGCCCCCAGCAAGAUCAGCAAACCGGGAAGCGUGCUGGCCAAAACAGCCGCACCUGCGGCUGCAGCCUCUCCGGAAAAGACCCCGGCCGCGGAGAAGCCUCCCGCCACAGAAGGUUCAGAUGAGUUUGUGGACGAUUUCCGAAUCGGGGAGCGUAUCUGGGUCAAUGGGAAUAAGCCUGGCUUCAUCCAAUUCUUGGGAGAAACCCAGUUUGCUCCGGGUCAGUGGGCAGGAAUCGUGUUGGAUGAAGCUAUUGGCAAGAACGAUGGCUCCGUGGCCGGAGUGAGAUACUUCCAGUGUGAGCCCUUGAGGGGCAUCUUCACCAGACCUUCUAAGCUCGCCCGGAAGGCCGUUUCCAAGGAUGAAGCCAACGGGACCCAGGCAUCUAACGCCUCUCGGGCCUCGUCGCCCACGUCCACCUCAGCGGCCAGCCUCGUGUCUUCUCCUUCAACAGCAGCCCAUCUGCCGCCCACCGGCAUACCCCAGAAGAUGUCUCCUCUGGCCACCAAGGAGACGCCCGUUUCUCACGCGAGCAACCUCUCUAAAACCACCAGCGAAUCCAUUUCGAACCUUUCGGAAGCCGGGUCCUUGAAGAAAGGCGAAAGAGAACUCAAAAUGGGAGACAGAGUGUUGGUGGGGGGAACAAAAGCCGGCGUGGUGCGUUUUUUGGGUGAGACGGAUUUCGCCAAGGGGGAGUGGUGCGGCGUUGAAUUGGACGAGCCCCUGGGCAAGAACGAUGGAGCCGUUGCUGGAACAAGGUACUUCCAGUGCCAGUCCAAAUACGGCCUCUUUGCUCCGGUGCAUAAAGUGACCAAGAUUGGUUUCCCAUCCACCACUCCGGCCAAAGCCAAGCCCGCCAUCCGGAAAGCCCUCCCAACGCCCACCAGUCUGAAACGCAGCCCCAGCGCCUCGUCCCUCAGUUCUCUGAGCUCAGUGGCCUCUUCUGUAAGCAGCAAGCCGAGCCGUGCGGGACUAAGUCUUGCUAUGCAGUUGACAGAGACGUCCUCUCGGUACACUCGGAAGAUCUCGGGCACCACCGCCCUGCAAGAGGCACUGAAGGAGAAGCAGCAGCACAUUGAACAGCUCCUGGCCGAGCGGGAUUUGGAGAGGGCGGAGGUGGCCAAGGCCACCAGCCACGUUGGGGAGGUAGAGCAGCAGCUUGCCUUGGCACGGGAUGGGCACGAUCAGCGAAUACUGGAAAUGGAGGCCAAGAUGGACCAGCUGCGAGCCUUGGUGGAAGCUGCUGAUAGAGAAAAAGUAGAAUUGCUGAACCAGUUGGAGGAGGAGAAAAGGAAGGUUGAGGAUCUCCAGUUCCGGGUAGAAGAAGAGUCUAUCACUAAAGGCGAUUUGGAGCCAAAGAGAGACAUUUCUGAAGACCCUGAAAAAAAUACGCAGACCAAACUGGAACAUGCCCGCCUUAAGGAACUUGAGCAGAGUCUUCUCUUUGAAAAAACCAAAGCUGGCAAACUCCAGAGGGAGUUAGAAGACACUAGGGUCGCCACUGUCUCUGAAAAAUCUCGAAUCAUGGAACUGGAACGAGAUCUAGUAUUGCGGGAGAAGGAAGUCGCUGAGCUCCGGUCAAGAUUGGAGUCCAGUAAAGUGACCAGCAACGUGGACACGUCUCUCUCGCUGCUGCAGGAAAUCAGCGCUCUGCAAGAGAAGAUCGCGUCGGUGAACAAGGAACAUCAGGAGGAGUUGAAGUCCGUGCGGGACAAACUUGGGGUCAGUGAAGAAUCCUUCCAGAAGGAAAUCAAGACCUUGUUGUCCUCCAACGAAAAGAUGGCGAAAGAGAACAACUCCUUGAAAGCCAAACUGGACACGGCCCACAAAGAGAAUUUAGAGGUGAUUGAAUUGUGGAAAUCUAAGCUGGAAUCUGCCAUUGCUUCUCAUCAGCAAGCGAUGGAAGAUCUGAAGACCUCUUUCAGCAAAGGAGCCGGGAUCCAGGCAGCGGAGUUUGCAGAGCUGAAGGUGGAGGUGGAGAGGAUGAGAGAGCAUCAUCAGAACGAAGCGUCUAACUUGAAGAUGAAGCAAGAGAGCGAGAGGCUGGGUCUCGUGAAGGAGAUCGAAGCCCUGAAGAGCAAGCUGCUGGAGGUCACGGAGGAGAAGGAGAGAAGUUUGGAAGUGCUGAAGACCCAGCUGGAAAGCGCGGAAGAUCAGCACCUGGUGGAAAUGGAGGACACUCUUAACAAGUUGCACGAAUCCGAAACAAAGGUAAAGGAGUUAGAAGGCAUCCAGGAGAAGUGUGUGGAGCAAAGCAAGACCAUUGAUAGCCUUAAAGCAAAGAUCAAAGCUGCUGAAGCAAAGCUCGUGAACCUGGAUGGCCUUCAGGUGGCCCUUUCUGAAGGUAAACUGGAGUUGGAGAAGCUCGGUGAGGAACACGAAGCCGCCAAAAAAAAGAUACAGAGUUUAGAAAAUGACAGAAAUAAUGAAAGUAGCCAGGCUGCUAGUCUAGUCAAAGAACUGCAAGCGAGGGAGAAAAAGCUGCUUGAUCUUGAGCAUCACUUGGGCACAGUCAACCAACUUAAGGAUUCUUUGGAAAAAGAGCUGGAGGACCUGAAAGAAAAGUUCACUAAGGGUGCUGACGAAGCCAAAAUUGUACAAAAAUCUAUGCAAGAAACUCUUGAAAAACUAAACCAAAAAGAGCUCCAGUUUACACAGCUGUCAAGCGAACUCAAUCAGCUGAGAUCUCAUUUAACAGCCAUGGAGAAAUCGCUAAAAGAACGAGAAAUCCGAGAGCAGCAGCUCGUGGAGGCCAAAGCCAAGCUUGAAAACGAGGUGGCGGAAAUCAUGAAGUCUUCGGGCGACAGCUCUUCCCAGCUGACCAAAAUGAACGACGCCCUACGACUCAAAGAGAAGCAGGUGGAAGAGCUUCAGGUCCAGCUCACCAAGGCCAACACGGGAACGGCUCAGUUGCAGGAGAAUUUGGAGCAGGCAGCCCGUCAGGCUGAAAAGAAGCAGGAAGAGUUGCUUGCGCGACAUCAGGAGGAACAGCAGAAAAUGAAGAAUAAAUUAGGCAGCCUGGAGAAGAAGAUAGCAGCUCACCAAGAGGAGCAUAAGCACCUCCAAGCCGCCAGUGAGAAAAUGCAAUCGGAAAUGGGUGCCCGGCAUGAAGAAGCCCUCAAGGAACUCCAGCGGGAGCUUCAGAAGAAGGAGCAGCUGCUCACAAAGACCCAGAAGGCCAACAGCGAGUUAGAGCAACAGGCCAAGGAAUUGAAGAAGGAAGCCGAACAUGCAAAGUCCUUAACCUCUAUGUUAGCAACAGCCAGAAAAGAGAUUGAAUUUAUGUCAGACGAGAUGAGGGCCUUGAUAGCCGAGAAGGAAGUCUUGGCGCAGGAAGGGAAUGCUUUAAAGUUAGAAAAAGGUUCUUUAUUAUCCAAGCUGGUAGACUUGGAGUCCAAGAUUGGGCUGUUAAAACAAGAUCAGGAGAAACUGUGGACUGUGAAUGAGGAGCUUAAUCUGGAGAACAAAAGAACGGUCAAGGAGAAACAAGACGCGGAGAACAAAACCCAGCAAGAAAAGGAGAAGAAUGAUGAGUUGAUCUCCGAAAAGGGAAGGCUGCUCCUGGAGAUCGAGGCCGCCCAAGAAGACCUUCUCAAGAUCACUAGAGAGAAUGAUGCUCUACGUACAUCGAAGGCGUCUCUCCUCAGUCAGGUGGAAGAGCUCCAAGGCCGCAGUGAGGCCUUGGCCCAGGAAUGUCGGAAACAUGUCAGCCAACGAGAAGAACUGGAGGAUUGUCAGAGGAAGCUCUCUGAGGAAAACGCCGCUCUUCUCAAAGAUAAGGACGACGUCAUCCAGAAGCUGAAGAGCUCUUACGAAGACAUGGCCAGGGACCAAAAAGAGCUCCUUCAGGAAGUGACCACCUUGGCUGCUGAGAGGGACUCGCUCUUGGGCAAACAUCUGGAUCUGGAAAACAAGCACGUCGCCUUGAAGAGGGAACGGGAUGUUCUCCUGCAGACCAGCCAGGAUCUGCAGUCUGACAAGGAGACCCUCUUGAAAACUCAGGAGGAGAGACGCAAGAGCUUCGAGCAGGCUCUGGUGGAGAAACAGGAGCUUCAGUUGAAAAGCGACGGCCUUCAGUCCAGAUGGGAAGUAUCCGAUAAAGAGCUUAAAAGGGUCACCAAAGACAAGAACCAACUGGAGGCCUCUCACGCUAGUCUUUCAAAACUUCUGGAAGAGAUUAAGGCCAGCAGGGCAUCAACGGACACCGAGCUGAUUCAGCUCCUGCAAGAGAAGGAAACCUUGAUUUGCUCCGAGAGAAGACUUGUAGCCGAGCGGGAGGAACUUUGGAAUGAAAACAAGAACCUUUCAGAAAAGCUGGCCCAAACCUCUGAAGAAGCUGCCCUCGUUGAGAAAACCUUGAAUGAGAAGCUGAGCCAGUUGAGCGCGGAGAAGGAGGUGGCCUCUCAGAAGUCUCUGAAGUUCAAGAAGCAGAACGAGAGCCUGGUCAAGGAGAAGGCCUCCUUGGAAGCCAAAUGCGCCGAGCUCCUGGCGGAGAAGCAGUCUGCCACCAAAGCCGUGUGUGAAUUGAAGAAGAAGCACGAGUUAGACAUUUCUGCCAAAAGGAUGCUGGUCCAAGACAAGGCCAAACUGCAGGGCAGUGCUGAAACCCUGAAACGAGAGCUUGACCAGAAGAUACAAGAAAACCAGGAUCUCGUCCGAUACAAAGUUGAGCUCUCCAAAAUCUUAAAAGAGACCCAAAGUGCCAAAACCGUGUUGGAGAAUGAAUACUCGGCCUUGCUUCACGCCAAGCAGCUCCUAGCAGCUUCCUUUAAAAGCAGUUCGUCAGAGAAGGAAGUACUGAACAAAGAGAAGGUCCAGCUGCAAGAAGAAUGCCAGAAGUUGAGCAAGGAGGUCAAAACCAUCUACAAUAACCUGACAAUAGAGCGGGAAGGCCGUAUGUUGGAGAAGGAGUCUUUUGUGGUCGAGAACACCCAACUCCAUAAUGCCAUGAGUCGCUUAGAGACAGAGAAGGAACAGCUGUCCCUGAAAAAUAAGGAGUUAUUGGUAGAGCAGGACCAGCUGAAACAGGAGAAACUGAAGAGCGAGUCCAGGUUGGAAGAAAUUAUGAAGGAGAAAGAGGUCCUUAGUGCCGAGACGGACCAGCUGGCCUCCAACAUUGAGAAGCUGAAGAAGGAAUUUGAGGCUCUGACCAAAUCGAAAGCAGAGCUGCAGGAACUUCACAGCAGUGUCUCCAAGAUCCUAGAAGAACUCCGUUCCAGCCACCAGAGCAGCGAACUGGAAAGGGCUAAGCUGCUUCAAGAGAACGAGAUGUUGCUUCUGGAGCAGAAACAUCUCAUCACCAUCAAGGAAGAGAUCUUGAAGGAGAAGGAGACGUUCUCCAAGGACUACUACAAGCUGCACGACGAGAUCACCCUUCUUGCCCAGGCCAACAGUGAGAUGUCCGGCAACCUUUUGACGGCUCAGAACAAAACCCUGGCCCUUCAGAAGGAAAGAGAUGAACUCGUCGUCAAACUGGAAGACAUUGAAGGUCUGCAGGCUCAGGCGGUAAUGCAAAGAUUUGAGACGGCAAAAACAGCAGAAGAUGCUUUGCAGAUAGUGGAGGAAGUGACCAAACAAAAAGACACCCUCCAGAAAGAGAAGACAGAAAUCUUGGCCUCCUUCGAAGACUCCAAGCAGCUCAAUCAAAAGCUGAAAAAAGAGCUGGACGCUCUUAAAGAAAGCCACCGGAAGAACAGAGAGGAGCUCACCAAAUCUCAGGAACGUCUGAACAACGAGAGCCAAAGCCUGGAAGAGCUUCGAAAAGAAUUAGAAGUGCUCAAACUGGCAGAGGAGGAGAAAUCCCAACAGCUCGCCGUCUUCCAAGAAGAGAACCUCAAACUUGCGAAAGAGUUGGGGAAAGGAGAUCUCGCCAGUCACCAGAAGCUGGAAGAAGAAAGAUCAGUCCUCAAUAAUCAGCUUUUGGAGAUGAAAAAGAGCUUGCCCAGUAUUACUUUAAGAGAAGCCAAGUUAAUAAAAGAGAAUGAUGAAGAGAGAGCUUCAUUGCAGAAAUCCAUCAGUGUUACUAGUGCCUUGAUUACAGAGAGAGACGAAGAGUUGGAAAAACUCAGAAAUGAGGUCUCGGUGCUCCGUGGAGAGAACGCCACGGCGAGGAAUUUGCACUCGGUCGUUCAGUCCCUGGAAUCCGACAAGGUUAAACUUGAGAUCAAAGUAAAGAAUCUGGAGCAGAAGCUCAAAGAGAGCCAAAAAAGCUCUUCAGACAUUUCAUCUAGUGGCGACUUCCAAAAGGAAGAAGACCAAGAGAGCCAGAUUGACUUCCUAAAUUCGGUCAUUGUGGAUCUUCAAGAUAAAAACGCCGAACUGAAAUCGAAACUGAACAAGAUGUCCGAGGCGGCUCUCAACGGAGAUGAGGAAGAAGUUAUUAACUAUGACAGCGAGGAAGACAACCAAGUCAAGAGGAAACCUCGCCUCUUCUGCGACAUUUGCGAUUGUUUCGACCUCCACGACACUGAAGAUUGUCCUACGCAAGCCCAGGCGCCUGAGGAACCCCCCCACUCCACGUACCACGGCAGUCGGAAGGAGGAACGUCCGUACUGCACCAUUUGUGAGAUGUUUGGCCAUUGGACCGCCAACUGCAACGACGACGAGACCUUCUGACACAGGACAGGAGCGGAGAAAAUGGAACGUUGUUUCGGGCGCUAGUUGGACCUUGUCCUCCACCACCAAUCUCCAAGGGUGGGGCCAGAAGGAGGGAAGAGAGUGGGGACCGGCACUCUUUCCUCCCAGAAUUCCUUGCAGCACCCACCACCCAGAUUUUUUUUUUAAAAAAAGGACGCUGUGGAUCUGGUCUGCCACAAGCAAGAUAGUUUAUUCUGCCCUUUUUACGAUGAAAUUAAAAUAAAUAAUUUAACAGGGGCUGCCAAUUUUCAUUUAGAAAUUUCAUUUCCUGGGUUUUGCAUCCAGAAACUUCCCUCCGGUCGCGUGGCUUAGUUUGGGGGGUGGGAGGGAGGGAGGUGGGGGAGGAAAUGAGAGGAGGUGGGGUGUCAAACCCAAUAGCUCACUUUUAGCUCACUUAAAGCUCUUUGAAAUUAUGCUGUUAAUUUUCCUAUUUGCACUACUACGCUCCUCCAAGCUGCGGUUGUACGGAUUUAUUUAACGUUUGUAACGUUCUGACACUGGAAUGGGUUGAAGAGGCGAGCUCUUAUUUUUUUUAUUUUUCCAACGUUGUUUGUUUUUGUUUUUGUUUUGCCUCGGCUUUGUGAUCUCUCGAUCAACCAACACGCGUGUGCGUGUGCUACUGGUGCAAGACCUAGAAGUAGUGCCUUCCUUGUCCGCGAGAUUUCUUUUAACGGUGUGAGAUUUUGUCGAGGCAAAAAAAUACCACAAAGCAGGUCAGCCACUGUGGGAAAAUAUUUUUUUCCCCCCCCUAACGAACUCUCUCUCUCCAGUUCUGCGUUUGGGAAAUCUCCUCCUGUUUUUUCAGCUUCUGUAGAGUUGUACAUAAGUACAUAUAUAAAUAUAUUUAAGAAAAACAAAGAUUUAUAUUUUGGAAAACAAUCUUGAUUGUCUUUAGUGUUUCUGUUCUUCUGAAAAAGAGGGCUUUCGUGUACCGUAACUUGAUUCAAUGACUUUAAACCGCCUCAAAAAACUUGGGAGAUUUUUUUUUUUCUGACGGGGGUGGGUUUGGGAUGGGGAUAAGGGGGCAAGUUUGCAUGUACCAAAAAAAGGACACAAAAAAAAAUCUUCCGGCUACAGUUUGUAUCCUGUAACAGAUUUUUUUUUUAUCAAAGGUCCGUCCUGAAAUCAAGACCGUUUCUUAAAACCAAUUUAAGAUGUAAUUUAUUUAUUUUCCCCUGGAUUGGAAUUUUGUUCCUGAUGAAUGUAAAAUAGAAAACUCAAUGUUGAAAUAAGGUGAAGUUUCUAAGAAGCUGAUAACCUUACAAGAACAUUUUAAGAAGUAUACAAAGGAGCACAUUUCUGAGUGAAACUGUUUUCAUGCUAAUUUAAUGCCCCGGGCGUUCCUGUGGAGUUACUCAAAGAUGAUGCCAUUCUGGUUUUGCUCUCUUCUUUUGAAUGUCACAAAAAAAGAAAGGUAAAGAAAACACUAUCAGCCUUCCUUGCAUUAUGGAAGAUUUUAACUCUUCUAUAACUAUGUUUGGGUUUAACCUGUGUUUCUUUUUACACGCACACACAGACCUAUAGAGAGGCACAUAUCUGUGCUAGUUGUUAAUUAUUCCCAGAUUACAAUCAGUAUUUGGUCUAUGAGGUUUUUUAAAAAAUAAAUCAAUGUAACUGUUUGAACUUUGGAGUAAAGAAUGUAUUAUAGGGAUAGUCAUUAAAAAAAAGCAGGGAAAUCAGUAUUAAACUAAACCAACUGUACUGUAUCUUUAAUAAAGGGAUUAUUCUCUACUCGUCA